AUGGUGUCCUACGAGCGUCUUAGAAACAUCCUGCUCCUCUGGUCCUCGGUCAUCAGCCUUGGGAUACCAGGGGACUGGAUAGAGACAGGGACGUGGAAGGGAGGAUGCAGCAUGCUGGCAGCAGACAUCCUUCGCUUCGCCCUGCGCCAGCCUCAGUGUCCUCAGGUCAGGGCCAGGACGAUCUGGCUCGCCGAUACCUUCGAGGGGCUCCCUCCUCCUCGCAAGGAAGACAAAGGCAAAGACAGCGGGGGGCGCGUCAUGGACCCGCCGGGGAGCUACGGAGGGUACGGGGGGGUCGAGACGGUGAAGAGCAAGUUUCGGGAGAGAGGAUACAGGAUCAAGGAGGACGGCCAAGUUGCCUCCAGCCAGGGGUUUUCCAUCCGAUUUCUCGUCGGGCGGUUCAAGGACACGCUGCCGGGUGCCAACAUCUCCAGCAUCGCCGUGCUGCGGCUAGAUGGCGACAUGUACAGCUCGACCAUGGACGCGCUGACGACGCUGUACCCCAAGGUAGUCAAGAAGGGGUACGUGAUCAUCGAUGACUACGGUCACUGGAUUCAGUGCAAACGGGCUAUCGACGAAUACUUCAUCUCUAACAACCUGACUUACCCCCUGCAUACCAUCGACUACACUGGAAGAUGGUUCUUGAAGGCGUAA